CGAUUUUCAAGUUCGUUUUGUUGUUCGUACGCAAAGAUUUGGAGGUUAAAAUUGGGAUUUUCCUGUUUUUUGAUGAAAUUAGAUAAGAAGUUAAUCUUUUUAGAAUAAAAAAUACGGGCUUGUGCAUUCUCUGUCUAUUUUCAAUCGAUUUACAACCUAUUCCAUCUUAAAAUACGAAUAAUUCUUCAGUACAGUAGCUAUGUCAUGCUGGAAACAUAUUUCUAGAUUUAAAUUAUUUUAAUAGAAGGAAGCAUGGAGUUAUCUUGGCCUUCCAGUGAGGGAUUGUUUGAAAAACAACUGAACAAUCUACCGUGCUCUGUAUUCAAUACCAGUAAGAAUGUUGUAAGUGCAACAACCAGUCGACCAAUACCAGCCAAGAAAGCUGUCCAAGAGAAGCCACAAUGCCAGCCCUGCAGAAAAAAGCUGCCGUCAAAAUACUACACCAAACUCUACAACAAAAUAUGGCAGGAAAUGGAGGAUAUGAUGGAGGAAGAGAAACGGCUCAGCAUGAUGUUGGACUCGCAGAGCUUCGAGCAGAACUCUCCCCGUCUCCGCAAAUCACAACAAAGUGUGUCGUCGUGCCUGAUACAGAGUUCACAGCGUUGCCAGGACGUUAACGGAGGCAACGGAUUGAACUUGAAACAGAAUCGUUGCAAGGGUGUUCCUCUCGACAACAGAGCAAAUCAAAGUGUAUCAUCUUGUUUGAUACAGAAUCGUUGCAAGAGCGUUCCUCUCGACAACGGAAAGUGCUGCAUCUGUAAACCUGUGUACUGCUCUUGUAAUCCCGUGAAGUGUACUUGUAAACCGGGGAAAAUAAGGGACAGUGGAGGUAAUUUUGCAGGGGAAAUUAGGGACAGCGGAGAGAAUUUUGCAGGGGAAAUCAGGGACAGUGGAGGGAAUUUUGCAGGGAAAAUUAGGGACAGUGGAGGGAAUUUUGCAGGGGAAAUCAGGGACAGUGAAAGGAAUUUUGCUGGUGAAAUCAGGGACAGUAAAGGGAAUUUUGCAGCAAGUUGUAGCAAAGAGAAGAAGGGUGAACAAAAAAAUGUUUUGGAUAAGCAACAGCGGGUGAGGAAUAGAAACAGAAACUACUUGAAAGAAGGAGAAGAAGCUGGGGUUUUGGAGGAGAAUAGAAAGAAAGACUGGUUGAGAGAAGGAAGAGAAGAUAAGAAGGGAGAAAUAGCGGGGAAGCAACAGGUGUUGAAGAAUAGAGACAAAGACGAAGAGCAGGAGAAGAGGAUGGAGGAAGAAGACAAAGAAGAAGAAGAAGAAGAGUAUUUUUGGUGUGGAGCCAGUUUAUACGUGUUUGUAGAAGAGGUAGACAGUAGAAAAAGAGCGAAUACAAGGGAAAUGAUGGCCCAUAAAGUGAAAUCCAAUAGGAGACACAUAAAUAGAAUGAAAGAGUAUCUAAGGAUGAUUACUGGAGAUCCAGUUGAACUAGAAGAGGACGAAAAAGGAGGAGAACAAGAAAUAGAAGUGGAGAAAAUAGAUGUGGAAAACUGGUUGAAACAGGUUUCACCUGAGAGUCAAGUGGACGCUUGGGUGAGUACUGUAGUCGCUGAGGACUGUUUGGAUUGUAUUUUUCCGCUACCACAAUGGAAACGUUAUGAAUGGGAUAGUAACGACAUUGACGACUCUAGUGAUUAUGAGGAAGAAAAUUGGGUUUCUGGAACACAAUUUAGAAAUAACACUUUUUCCAAAAAUUGCUCAAAUAAGGCCCAAGGAUCUGGUGGGAAUGAUGUGGUGAAUUCUAGUACACAAGGCAGUGAUUCGGAGAAUUAUAAAAAAAUUUAUGGAAAUAUAGUAGGAUCUAGUGCACAGGACAGUAAUUUAAAAAGUGCUCAAAAUUUUGGUGGAAAAGAUGUGAUAAAUUCUAGUACUCAGGACAAAGUUUCAAAAGAUUCUCGAAAUCCUGAUGGAAAAGAUUUGAUAAAUUCUAGUAAACAAGGUAGUGAUUCGAAAAGUACUCAACAUUUUGGUGGAAAUGACGUAGUAAAUUCUAGUGUACACGUCUGUAGUUCGAAAAAUUCUGGUGGAAACAAUGUGAUAAAUUCUAUUUUACAGGACAGUGAAUCAAAAAGAGCUCGAAAUUCUUGUGGCAAUGUUGUAAACCCUAGCAAAAAUGGCAGUAAUUCUAAAAAUUCUAAUUCAAAUGUUGUAGAAAUUCAUGAAUCUUCUUCUACGGGAUCAUUCUAUCUAGAAAUCAGUUGUGGCGAAGUCUCAACAAGUGACAAAAAUGUUGUGAAAAAUUUGAAAUGUUCGUCCUCAGAGGGAGACUGCUUUUCCGACAAUGCUCAGUGGUUGGAAAAUUCUCAGAAUUCGAGUAGCAUUGAGCCUGAUAUCAGAGGGGGAAAUUUUCGGAAAAAAUUGGAUAAAAUCUGUGGUAAUUUGAGGAAAAGCAGUGAAAAUUUGGGUGGACGUUUUUGUAGAAGUAAAGUGGAUGCUGUGGAUGAAGAUGAUACAGAUUCUACAAAUUUUGAGGAGAAAAUUGAGGAAUUGACUGGAAAUAGAAUAAGUUCUUGUGAUUCUACAGAAAACCAAGGAAAUUCUAGUCAUAACAAUAGAGCUCUAUCAGGAAAACGUGGAGAUUCCGUUUGUAAAGCUGCUGCAGGCUCGAGAAAACCCCAAAGAAAUUAUUGUGAUGGAACCAACAAAAAUGUAGUCACAACCAACAACAAUUUAGUAGGAAACCUACAAAAAAAUUUAGUGAAAAACAACAAAAGUUUAGCAGUAAACCUUGAAAAAACUGGUGAAGCGAUUCCCAAUUUAUUAGUUCUUAAAGUUGGUUCACAGGAAGUUAAAAAGUUGAAGAAUGUUCUAGUAGAUAACAAUUUUAGAGAAAUUAAUGCACAAACAAUUUCAAGAACGACUGAAAACUUGAGAAAUUCUCAUGACGAGUUUUUCGAUAAUUCUUUUGACAUGUUCUUGGAUUCAAUUGAUGAUCAAUUGACAGAAAAUCGCCAAAAGUCUGUUGAAGAAAAGUUUGUUGAAAAUUCCAAUGAAAUGUCACAGGAAAAAUAUAAAAAUCACAGAAAUUCUGUUAACGAAAAUAAUGUUGACAAGUGUAAUGAAAUUCCAAUGAAAAAAAUUGAGAAAUCAACACAAAAUCACAGAAACUCUGUUGACGAAAUUUUUGUUGAUAAUUCCAGUGGAAUAGUUAUGAAAAAAAUUGAUAAAUCAAAACAAAAUUCAAGUGAGAAAGAUGUGGAAGAUAAUCCCAAUGCCAAAAACAUGGCUAAUACUCGGAAAAGUUUUGAGAAGUCCAGUGGAGGUGAUGUAGAAAAUUGUGUAACUAGUGAGAAAAAUUGUAAAUCCACUGUAGAAAAUUUUAAAAGUUUUGGACAUUCUGUGAGAAAUUGCGUCGUUAUUUUGGAAAAAUUGGAAAUUUGUUUAGACUCUAGAAUCGGCAACAGGACGACUCGUAAGGUUAUUGAAGCAUCCUGUCAAAAUUCAGACAAGAAGCGAAAAAGUUGUGUUUUAGACGAAAAUUUGUGUACAAACGACGAAAAUUUUGUGAAAAAACGGUGCAUGGCCAGUGAAAACGAUACCAGUAAUGGCAACCAAAAAUUAAUGGAAAACAGUGGUAAGAACGAUUUACAGCAUAAUCCUAAAAAACUUCUACAGUCCAAGUCAAGACUACUUGUAAAGAAUGUUUCAGAAAAUUUGGGUGAUGGAUUUAAAGAUGGACAGUUGAAGAAAAAAUUGAGAAUCUGUAUUGAGACGCCGAAAAUUGCUGGGAGAAAAAGUCUGGAAGAGAUAGAGCAUGAAAUGAAAGUUUUCUAUGGGAUUUUGAAAGAUUCCAAUCAAAAACAGGUGGUUUGUGAUAAUGUGAAAAAAUCUAAACAAAAACAGCUGAUCUCUGAUAUUGUGGAAAAGUCUAAUGAAAAACAGCAAAAGAUCUGCGACCAUUUGAUAAAGUCUGAUAGAAAACAGCUGAUUUGUUACAGUGUGGAUGAAACCAAAAAGAAACAGCUAAUCUCUCACAGUGUGGAUAAAUCUAAUCAAAAACAGCUGAACUCUGAUAAUGCGGAAAAAUCGAAUGUAAAACAGCAUAAUAUCUGCGACCAUACAAAAAAUUCUGAUAAGAAACAGAUGACUAGUGACAGUGUGGAAAAAUCUAAUCAAAAACAGCUGAUUGUUAACAGGCCGGGAAUUUCUGGUGAGGAUCAGCUGAUUUCUGGUAGUAAGCAAGACUAUAGCUACAGUAUUCCCUCUAUAACUAAACAUAUUUCAACAAAGAUAAUAAUUGAUAAUUCAUUAUCCAUAACAGCGACAUCUGGUGACGUGAAAACAAACUACAUUCGACUGAAGGACAAAUUAGCGGCUGAUGAAAAUGAUUUUUCAGCAAAAAAUCCAAAAUCCAGUUUGGGUGCAGAUCAGACAAGAAGAGUGAAGCAUCCUCUCUCUCUUACAAAACGGCUCAGAAAAUCAACGUCUACAUUAACUAAUAGCAACCGGCAACUUAUCAAUGAAUGCAACGAUAGCGGAUUAGACGUUGAAAUCGAAAUCGUUAAAAGGAAAGUGAAAAAAAUGUUUGGCAUCAUAACUGAGAUAAGACCUCCACUACAAGAUGACAAUGCGAAAGAUGCGAUAGUAUGGAAUUGUGGACGUUGUAAAAAAUUUUACAAUUACACACAAGUAAAGUUCAAAUUUCCAGAAUUGAAUCUAGUUGCUGAGUGUCCCAAGAAAUGCAGACAAGCAAAUGGUACAAAACACUUGAAAGGCCAGCUGAUGUUCGAGUUCCUAAUUGAGAACAUCUUGGAUGAAAAGGUGUAUUCAUAUCUGCUCGCCAACAACGAGGCUGAAUCAUUCUUCGGUUGCUCAGCGUUCGCCUACUGGAGCCGGGACACUGUCAGAGUGGAGCUACGUCAAUGCAUCGAACGUCUCCUGAUUGGGCGGCAAAAAGGCCUCAUCAGCAAUUUCUUUGUAGAUGAAAACGCCUUCGACGAGCAAGGCCGUCAGUUUAUUGUCAACGUUGUACGCAUGCGCGAGAAAUCAUCGGAGACCAAUUAGAUAUUUUUAAGCAAGAUAGACACGUUAAACUGUUGGCCGCGGCUGAACAGAAAAGGUUAGGGAGGUGAGGCAGAGCCGUCGAAACGUAGAUGCACUGGUUGAAGAAGUUGUAGUUCUUUGGAGUUGUUUUGCUUUUUUAUUUAGUUUUAUUUAUUUAUUUCAAAUAUUAAACAUGCAUGUAAGAACUCAUGGACAAAGGCUGUGAAAUAGAAGAUAGUCUACCUAUUCUGACAGGUAGAAGCGAAUUUCACCAAAGUGGCUCAAAAAAGAAAAUAUUUGUCAUUAAUUAGCUAUGAAAGUCAUUUGUUGUCGAAUAUUGUUACUAUUAUUUAACAUUGUACAAUAUUUUAAAGUAGGACGUAUUUUUUAAGUAUUAUCAUAGAGAAACAAUAGCAUAAAUAGAUAUCCCAUGGUAUAGGGCGUUUUUGUCGCAACUUUUACUGUUAUCUCAAGCCGAUUACUGUUGAUUAUUGUCGAUUUUUACUGUCUUGUUGGGGUUAGAGUGUAUGAACGGCACAAUAUGAGAGACUACCAGCGUCACACAGCUUCACGGGAAAGAAUUACAUAGACUAUCGGCUUGAGAUAACAGUAGAAGUUGCAACAUAAACGCCCUAUACCAUGGGAUAUCUACUUAAGCUAUUGUUUCUCUAUGGUAUUAUUGAGCAUGUAAUUUUGUAAGUAUUUUACUUUAUUUUUCAGUGAGGGCUGUUUUAUAUUUUUUUAGUUAUAAAUCUACAAGUUUUAGCUGCAUUGAUAGAGGAAUCUGGUUACCAACUAGUCCUUGAGGAAUUUUAAUUUAUUACCAUAACUUAAAUAAGUUAAAUAAAUAUUUAUCAGUGUGAUUGAUUAAAGUUUUUCAAUUUGAUUUAUUUUCUCAUUGAAAUAAUUAUUUUUAAUUUGUAUUUAUGAGUUGAAUGCUAGUUUCUCUAGUUAAUAAUGGAUAAUUGGAAUAAUAUUCUUGUUAAUGUUAUCAAGAGUGAGUGAUCGAUUAUUUCUAUUUAAUUUAUGAUAUCAGGUUUAUUUAUUUUAUGAGAACUUGUAAUAAUAAUUUUCAGUUAUGUGACAUUAAAGUUUGGUUUUUAA